CACUAAGUCGUCGGAAUUCCGUCGGAAAAUACCGACGGAAUGUGUCCGUCGGAAAAUACUGACGGACACGUUCCGUCGGAAUUUCAAUUAGCCCGGGAGAACCAAACCGCUUGAAAAUUUUCGCGAAUCGGCAUUUGGUAUAUUUUAAAUAUACCGACGGAAUACCAACGAACCCGUGUCCGUCGGAAUCCUCGGAAAUAAAAACCCUCCUCCUUUCUUCUUCGUUAUCUCCGCGGCCUCUCUCUCUCUCAAAACUCUCCGGCGAUUUCGGCGAUUUCGGCGACUCUCCGCGAUUCCGGCCUCUCUUCACCGGCGAAUCCCCUCCUCACCCUCCUAUCUCUUCCCCAAACCCCAAAUCAUGGCCGAGGAUGAAGCCCGCCCCGCAGCCCGUCUUCGACGUAGUUCGGUGAGCGGUUCCCGUGCAUCGGUAUCGUCUCAUGACUCGGUUCCCGCAUAUAUUCCCGCUCCAGCUCCCUCUGCCCCUCACGCUGCCCCUCACGCUGCUGCUCAACAGGAUCCGGGGGUCAUGCCGGUUCAUCUAUUGGUUCAACAACCAGGUCGAGAGCAUCUCCCGUUUCUCCAACUCAACCCACGACGAGGCCAUAGCACUUGGUUCACCAAGUCGAAAAAUGGCAUUAGCCGGAGCAUCAACCAGAUGAUGUACUCCAUGCUCCGUUUUGGAUAUCCAAAGUGGAGUGUGAUCCCUUCCGACGAACGAGAGUUGUGGUUUCGUCAGUUUGCGCAAGAGUUCAACUGGCACUCCGAUCUUACGGAAACAGUCCGUAAGAAAUUCAACGAAAAGGCCAUGGACUCUUACACAAAGCAGAUAAACGCGUGGAAGACAGUUUGGCAGAAGAACAAGAAGCCACGGUUCAUCAACGGGGGGGUGUGGGAGCAGUUGAUAGCUCAUUGGGAGAGGGAAGACACUGCAGAGACGUCUUCUAGGAACUAUUUCGGUUUGUAUGAAUUUUAA